AUGGAGUGGCCAAAAUUCGAUUUUGCUAAACGUUCGCAUGUUCGGUCGAGGCGACUGUCAAGUGCCGGAAAAUCGAACUCUGGCUUGAGAAAGAGUUACCCUAAUGUUUGUCGUUCUUUAACGGCCGAUUUUGAAAAUAUCAAAUUUAGGAAGAAAGAAAGUUUAACGAAAGGAAAUACUGCACAAAACGAAAGUAUUGUAACCCUCCGUCAGCAAGCGUUGCAGAAUAGCAGUUCACCAAUCCGCUCACAAAGAAAUCCAUUCCAAAUGAAUGGGAAAAUGAACAAGGAGAGAAUACCACCGCUGUCGCCAAUUCUUGUCAAUGGAUUCCUAAAGAAUCCAACAACAUAUUUGUCUACACCUUUGAGAAGAUCAAGUUCAAAUUUAGAAGAAAUGUUAACAUCAUUAAGAUAUACAAGUUCAAUAAAUCCGGUAGGAACCAGUAUUUCAUAUUGCGAAAGUCCGAUUGCUCGUGAAUCUCCAGAGCCCCUAUUAACCCCGCCAUAUGCGAAGCAAUUGCUUUUAUCAGAUGGAAAUCCAACUUUCUCGUUGCAAAGAUCAGUGGUAACACAGAGAAGCCAGACUUUUGACAACCAGUCACAAGUCAGUUCUUUUGUUACCAUCGCAGAGAAGUCCAAUAAUUUGAGUUCGAAGUGUAGAAAAAAUGGUAAGAAGGUAAAUCAUAGUACGAAAUUGCGUGCAUUUCCAUCGAUAGCAGCCUCAAUAAGUGCCCAUUCUUUGGAUAGCUCCUUAACAUCUGUGGAAACUCUACCACCAUCUCAAACUGAUUGCAAAAAUUUAAAUAAGGAUGAAAACUUUCCAAAGUUAGAUUUUAUCAGUUCUCAAUUAAGUUUUGAAUCUGGCGAAUCCAUCACGACACGACAUACAGGAAGCGAUAGUGAUGUUUUUCAAACUCAUACCGUAUGUGUUGAUGAUUCCGAUAGUGUUACAACUACGAGUGAAAAAUCUCGUGAUUGCUUUCUCGAUAUAACAAUUCAUGAGAUUGAACCAAGUGACCCAUCUUUUGAGAGGGAACUUUUUGUACAAAAUACAUCAUCAGCAACAAAUCAGUUAAAAAUAUAUGAUUUACAAGAGGAGAACGAUGAAACGCCACAUCAAAAACAAUAUCAUCGGUUAAGUAAACUAGCAGAAACUCUCAAAAAGCGUUUGUUUAUUAGCUCGUCAGAUUUAGUUAUGUGGAAAUGUGAGGAACCGAAACAACAGCCGAUUAGACAAGUUGCAGUGAUUUCGAAUGUUGAGCAGUGGGGAUUCUGUUGGACAUUGGUAAAGGAUGUUAGCGAUUUCGAAACUGCCCAUAUUGUGGACUCUGAGCCAAUGAAAAAAAUUACAGACGUGAUGUCCAGGAACAGAAGCGAGAAAGCGAGAAAUACUAAUGAUGAUAAUGAAGGUCAGAGGUGUCAUGAUUCACCUUCACAGGAAACUUUCUUUCUUUAUCAGCCUCUUUCGAAGUUAAGUACUUCUACGGGUGAGUUUAUUCUAUCGCCUCGUUAUUAUCGUUGA